AUGCUCUACACUCUCGUCACGGGCAUCGUGAGCGUCGCCAUUGGAACAUAUCUGCUCGGAACUCACAGGCAAGCCACCAUCAUGCCCGCUGCGAGCGAGACCAACGGGGCGAUGAAGAAGCCUUGGGCGGACGCACCUCUGGCGCUCAUCCCCACGCCCACCUUUCUCACGAACAAGACGGACAUGUGGACCGAGGGCGCCAGCCACAUGUGCAACCUGCACAAUGCCAUCUUCCGCGGCUACAACUCCAUGUACCUGCAGGCGCCGCAUGUUCGCGACGCGGACAAGGCCGACUUUUUGGGCUACUGCCGCACGUGGAGCAAGUUUGUGCGCACGCAUGCCGAUAAGGAGGAGGGUGAGCUGUUUCCGGAUGCGGAGCGGCUGCUGAAGGACGAGGUGUUUAAGCACACACACGAGGAGCACGGCAGGUCACACCCAUUGUUCAAUGCAUUCAUCCCCGCGCUCAACGAGUUCCACGAGUACCUCGAGAGCGUCAAGGCGACGCCCUCGCAGUUCUCCACCGCGCGGAUGCUAGAACUCAUGGCCGCCUUCGAGAAGCCGUUCGAGGAGCACUUCCGCUCCGAGAUCGACACCAUCGCGGCGCUGGCGGCGCACCCCAACACGCCGCGCGAGGGCACGCCCGAGGCGGCGACGGCCAAGAGCCGCUUCGACGCGUGGGGCCGCCGGUCCGUCCUCACGGGCGGCGUCACCGACGUGUCCAUGUUCUUCCUCUUCAACCUGGACCGCGGGUACGAGGGCGGCCUGUGGAGCGACUGGCCCGAGGUGCCGGCGGCGUUGCGCUGGGCGCUGACGCGCACGCUGGGCGGGUGGCAUUCGGGGUGGUGGCGGUUUGCGAGCUGUGAUGCGGAUGGGCGGCCGAGGGAGCUGUAUGCGCUGCCGUGA